AUGGGGGUCUUCUUCUGCUCUCUCACUGCAUUUCAUCGAACUUCGUUUCUUCGCCUUUCCCCCCCCAUCGACGACUGUGAAGUGCUGGAGUUUAUCGUUGGACAUCCACUUUGGCCUGGCGAGUUGACUGCGACGGCCAUGGAAGCCCAACCUAGUACGGACCAGCCACAGGGCCGGGAGCAGCUACCUCAACCUCACCCAACUGAAGAUACGGACAUGGAAGAUGAAUCUGAGCUGGUUGGCGAGGACGAGACGGGGGAUGGCGAUUCAAGACUGCAAGCCGAUAUACAUGCGCAGGUGGACGGGAAACCACACUCGCAACCGCCGGCAGCAGAAGUACCCCAUGAUGGAGAGAAUGUACCACCGCAGUCAUCAAACGGCGCCUUGACUGUAGCAGGCAGCAAUAACCAGACUGAACUACCUCCAGUAGGGGAUUGGCGCCCCUAUGUCAACCCUCCAAACAUAGGCUGGGUCAGACACUUGUUGUUCGACGUCAAGGAGCCCAUCGAGCUCAGCGUGGAUGAAUUUACCAUGUACUGGCCGUUUAUAGACAAUAUCUGGGUAAAACAGCGCUCUUCGUCGACCAAGGACGGACUUCAUAUCACCGACUACUACAUGUGCCGUUUGCGGCGCCCAACAUGCAAACGUCCACCCCAACGGCCAUUGCCUGAUGGUAAGAGGCCGAGGAAUAAGGUGGCCCGCGAGGGAGGGACCUGCAAUUUCCAGAUCCGCGUGGUCAAGUUCGAAGGCGCCCAUACAACCAUUACAAUUUCAAGGAGCCCAAACAGUAGCCAUGCUCAUUCACACGAUCUAGACUUCAUGGAUAAGAUUAAGAAGAAUUCCGGUGUGAUGGAAUAUGUCCGACAAGAAGCUGCCCAGGGUUACCUGCCGGCUUCCAUAUUCGCCAAAUUCCGCGAAGAUCCCGAACAGCUCGACGCUGCUGGCGGAAAGCAUCUGACGACGAUCGACGUCAGGAAUGUAUCUGGGAAGUGGAGAUCCACCCAUCCCGGCCUCACACUUCGGCCGCAUGAUGGUUACGCCUACCAGAACGGCCUGGGUGUUUACAAAGUGCAGGAUGGUCACCAAGCAGACCACCCUCCGGCGAUCAUAGCUCACCCUAGGUCUACCAAUUUGCCUGCUAAUGUGCUGCCAUUCCCGACCUUUUCUUUGGAUUUCUUGGAGUUAUACCUACCAAGGCCAGGCGAUAAUCAGAGCGUCAUCAACAUCAACGUCGACAGCGAUGGCUGGAGAUUCCCGCAUGUGACCCUUACAUAUGCACAGUCUAUGGAUGGCAAAAUAUCUGUUAAGCCAGGGAUGCAGACCGUACUAUCUGGCUCCGAGACCAAAGCAGUAACCCAUUAUCUGCGAUCCCGCCAUGACGCAAUCAUUAUUGGGCUUGGAACCGCCCUCGCCGACGACCCUGGCCUAAAUUGCCGGUUAGAAGGUGCAGGAGGUUUUGGGGGCUUCGGUACAAUGUGGCAGCCCCGGCCUGUAAUAAUAGAUCCUACCGGUCGUUGGCCGGCAACUGCCGAGAGCAGGCUACUGAAGACCGCUGCGGAGGGCAAAGGGAAGGCACCUUGGGUUAUUGUAUCGCCCGGUGCAGAACUCCACCCGGACAAACUUCUAUUACUAAAGCGUCAUGGGGGGGAUUACCUACGCAUUAGAGAGUACAACCCGCACUGGCGAUUGAGAUGGGAGGCCAUAUUUGGCGCUCUUGCAAAUCAAGGGAUACGCAGCCUCAUGAUUGAGGGAGGAGGGGUUGUGUUGAGCGAACUAUUAAACCCUGAAUACGUUGAUUUCAUUAACUCGGUCAUCGUUACCAUCGCGCCAACCUACAUUGGCCGUGGCGGCGUUUCUGCGUCCCCGGACUCAAAAAAUGACGAAGAAGGCAAUCCGAUAAACGCCCUAACUCCCCACGAUGUGAAAUGGCAGCCUCUAGGCAAGGAUGUCAUCAUGUGUGGCAAGAUAAAAGCCGUCCGGCAAACCCCUCCACCUCCAAUUCUUCUCGGUUUAGAGGAAGCUGCCCGUGAAGCCGAGUGA